CACUUCCGCGUCGGGCCUGGCGGCGUAAGGCUGCCGCGCCGAGGGCCCGGCCGGUCGCAGCUAUCAGGUCUUCAGAUGCACUGCUGCUUCGUGAGUGAAGGGUCCUGGAUCAGGAGCCAUAAGGGUGGAGCAGUCCUGAAGGAGGCCGCUUCGGGGUGCAGCUGGAAGAACUUGGGAUGGAUCCUGCUACCCUGGAUUGCAACUGGUUCCAUCACUUAUGAGUAGGUCCCAAUGUGGACCCUGCACACAUCACUCUUAUUUUUUUAUCCAAGUAUUCUCAUCUGUCAAUAGGGCACCAUUGCUGCCUCCAUUUUAUGGACGAGGAAACAAGAAAAGGAAGAUAAAUAAUUUGUCCAAGAUCCCAGAACUAAAUGAGGAGGUCCUGGACUGCCAUUAUUUUGAAGUUUGAAAGUGUGAGGCAAACCUUUAGGUGUCCAAGGGAGCAAUGGCAGGCCACAAGACAGAAGAGGUGCUCGAUAUUCUUCGGCUGAAUGUGGGUGGCUGUAUUUACACAGCCCGGCGAGAGUCUUUGUGCCGUUUUAAGGAUUCUAUGCUGGCAUCUAUGUUCAGUGGUCGUUUUCCUCUAAAAACAGAUGAAUCAGGGGCUUGUGUUAUUGAUCGUGAUGGACAUCUAUUUAAAUACCUUUUGGAUUAUCUUCAUGGAGAAGUUCAGAUUCCCACAGAUGAGCACACUCGUGUUGCCCUACAGGAAGAGGCUGAUUACUUUGGCAUACCUUACCCAUACAGCCUGUCUGACCACUUGGCCAAUGAAAUGGAGACAUAUUCUUUAAGGUCAAAUAUAGAACUUAAAAAGGCUUUAACAGACUUCUGUGAUUCAUAUGGCUUAGUUUGCAAUAAGCCAACAGUUUGGGUUCUCCACUAUCUUAACACAUCUGGUGCAAGCUGUGAGAGCAGAAUUAUUGGUGUAUAUGCCACAAAAACUGAUGGAACUGAUGCUAUUGAUAAGCAGCUUGGAGGAAGAAUUCAUAGCAAAAGCAUUUUUAAAAGAGAGGCGGGAAAUAAUGUUCAGUACAUUUGGAGUUAUUAUUCAGUAGCUGAGUUGAAGAAAAUGAUGGAUGCCUUCGAUGCUUGGGAAGGAAAAGGUGUUAGCUACUGGCGGGUGCCUCAUGAACUCAUAGAAUGCUGGACACUGGAGGAGCGGCCUUUACUUGGAAGUCUGCGGCAUAUGACUCCAAUUCGAAAGAGGCGACUGAUAACACUCAAUGAAGAGGAAGAAGAAGGUGUGAAUUGUAAGGCUGGUCCUAAGCCAGUCAGAUUUUUGGGCCCUUCCACAAGCACCCAAAUUAAAGUGAAAAACUCCACUUCAGUCAGGGUGUCUCCAGCUAGCGCUAUCCAGAUCUCCUCUCAGAUGCCAGCAAACCAGUCUCAGAGUGGCAGCUUUGGAAAGGCAGCUCAGCGCUCUGUGAACCCUGUGAGCACUGGGGCAUCUGGUCACUCUCAAGCUUCACAUGGGGCCAGAAGUGCUGAAAAUGGAGCCCCACACCCGCCUCCAGCAAAGGUACUGCUCUCUGACAAGAAGUCUACACCCCACCGAGUGAUAAAGCUGAAGAGGACUCCAUUGUGUGCUGCAGUGCCUUCUCUGCCCAUCCCCACAGCAGCAGCGAGGCAGGCCAGCCCCUCCAAACCACUUCCUCCAGAAGCUUCUAGCACUUUGGAUGUGGGAACUGAAAAUGAGAAAGACCAAUCUGAUGGAUAAAAAUGGUAGAUUUGGUACUCCUGUUUGUCUCAGAGCUUUCAACACCUUUGAUACCAAUAAGUGACACUGUUUCUUGAUGCAGUAGAAGGGAAGGCUUCUGUUUAUGCUUAGGAUUAUUAUGGGAAAAAUGAAUUGUGUGAAGUAGGAAUGGAGGAGGGGAGACUUUGAAUGGUUGGGGUUUUAUUUAAAUUUACUUCUCAUCCAUCUUCCCAACUUUUAAAGGAUUGUCUAUGAGCAGUUUGAUUUUCUGGUUUUUUAAAAAAUUUUAUUUAAAUGGUUAAUUGGUAUUAAGGUGACAGUACAGCACAGUGAUCAUUAGAGAAGUCUCUUUUGUUGCUGAAACAUUGUAGACUCUAGGCACUUUUGUAAUGCUCCUUCUUGCAGCCCAGGUCCUGUCUGGUGAGUGGAGAGGGUGGGAUCAGCACUUGCCUGCAGUAUAUUGAAGCCAGUAGAGGUCAGAGAGGAAGAGUAGAACAAGGUGAGCUGCCUGCAGUUGCUCUCAGGCUCAAAACACAAUACGAAAUGAAAUGAUGGGGAGAGGAAAAGACAAUAAUUCGAGAUCAUACUCUGACUCUCACUUGAGCCAUUUUCUUUCCUAAAUUGGCUUUUGUUAUUCUUUUCCGUUAGCAGAUUUAUUUAUAGACACCAUAGAAAGAUUUCAGUGAUAAGAACUAUACAACAUGUCUUUGGAAUGAAAUGUUAAAUUUUUGAAUUUGAAUAGUGCAGUUUUGAAAUUACUUUGAAAAAUAGAAAUUAAAAAUUUAACUUUUUAACUAAAGUUAAUAUUCGUUCAUCAGAACUGACCAUUAUAGUCAUUCUGAAUAUACAGUGAUUUUUUUAUGCAUAACGUGAAUUUAAUAUUUUUAAACAGAAUAUUUUGAUUAAUCCUCUAUUUUUCAUGACUAUUCACUUGUGCAUUUACUUUACAUGUUCUGUUUUGUAACUGAAACACAUAUUCUACUUUCAGUGAGCAGUAUGACUUCAGCAUUUUCAAUAAGCUCAUAAAGCAGGAUACUUUUUACUUAGAUGCUUAGCAUUGUUCUUGCAUUGCCUUGAAAAACGUAAAGUAAACAUAGUCAAAACAUUAUUUUUUACAAAAUAAAGAAAAACUUUUCCAUAAAAAGCAACAUUUUUCUGUGACUGUUCUUAAGUCUUGAAUCUUUUUAGCAAUUUGAAGUUUGUUAGUUAGAAUAGGUUUUCUAUUUCUGCCUACAAAAUUGCUUUCUUGUCCAGAUAAUGAGUGAAAUAAUUAAAACAAUUUUGGAUAACUA